AUGAAGACUCCAAGGGACGGAGAGGGAAGCUCUGGCCCGGCGGGGGCGGGGCCCAACUUGUCGUGGGCGGAGAAGGUCGGAGGAGCCCCUCGGGAGACGGGUUGGACCAACUACCGGAUGUCGGCCGAGGAGUUGGAAGCUGUUCAACAGCACUUUACGGGGACCGUGAAACCAUCAUUGGAGAGGCUGGAGAAGGCGAGUGAAGCUUGGAGGUCCUCGGCAGUGAUAGUGAGGAGUCUAGGGAAGCGGGUGCCGGCCGAGUGGAUUGGUAGGGAGGCACGUCUGAGAGGGAAACUGGAUUAUGAGGUAGAGGCACUUCCAAUGGCGGAAGGGCAUGUUGUUGUCCGGUUCAAGGGAGAGGAGGAUCGGGAGGUGGCGCUGACGAGGGGGCCUUGGAUGGCAGGCGGACAGAUCUUGGCUGUGGAGAGAUGGCGCCCAGACUUCAUCCCAUGUGCGAAGAUGGUUAACAACGUACUAGUGUGGGUGCGGCUUCCAGAUCUUCCACUGGAGUUCUGGGUGAUAGAGUCAAUCAUGGAGGUGGCCGUGGCGGUCGGCCGCCCCAUCGCUGUGGAUGGAUUUACAGAGAAGAGGAGCAGAAUAGGCUUCGCACGAGUCUUGGUAGAGGUAGAUGCAAGUCGUCCUCUUCGGUCCAGGGCCUUCGUCCGAGGACUGACCGAGCGCUUCUGGCAAGCCUUUGUGUAUGAAAGCUUGCCGGCGGUAUGCUAUAACUGCGGACUCAUUGGGCAUGGGGAGACUGAAUGCUGCUUGCCAUACUCGAUCCCGGGUGAGGGUACCGGGAAGGAAGGGCUCGGCGACGCAGAGAUGGGGGAUGCUAAUGGCCUGAAGGGGAAUCGGGAGGGGCAGAGCCAUGGAGGAGGCGGGUAUAGGGUCUUCGGCCCGUGGUUAUCCACCAACAGGGUUCGGGUGCAGCGGCCGACCAAGCCAGGGAAUAAGUCGAGGAGCACGGUUGCGAAACCAGCCGGAGACGUCGAGGGUCAGCAGUAUGUAGUCGGCGAGAAGAGUUCAGGUGUUGAUGGUGCGAUCUCGCCGGUCUCGCCGCCGGAUCUUGAGGGGUGGCAGAAACCUACUAAGGUCGCGCGGAGGAGGUCGCCGGUGGCUGGUCGAGGGCUGGGUAACCUGGGGCUCGCCGGACUGGUGGUAGAGGACGCGGGGAAGAAGAUGACACCAGACCUUGGACUGGCUGGGUCAGGGCCCGAGUACAUUCAAGCGGGCCGGAAGCCCAGUGAAGACGGGCUCCAACUCAGGCCUGGUGGAGGACGGGCUAGGCCCAGGCCCAUGCUCGACCGACGAUGCGGGCCAAGCCUUCGGGCCGCAGGCCCAGGGCCAGGGCCCAAACAAGGAUCCGGCCCGUGCGGUGAACCGGGCCCAGACAAAGUUAGGCUCAUCGAGCGGGCCCAGCCCGCUGAAACGGGCCCGUAG